CGGCAUCCUUGGAAUUCGUACGCAGACCAGGACCGCGAAUCCAUGAUUCCCAUCACAGAUUUGUCCGAGCAUCUACACCCGUGCCCUGCUGUCACGAUAUCUGGGUUUCCACCGGCGCGUCACUUCGGCUAACCAGACACGCCAGAUAACCCACGGUUGGAGGUCAUCCUCGAUCCUCGCUCCCCUGAACCUUUUGGAAAUUGUUUUUUAUUCUUGGCGAUUCUUACCUCGACUCGUAUUACUAUCCAUAUCAUCUCCAGUCUGAGCGACCUCUCUAUAUUCCUCGUACGCCUCUUCACAAAAGAACAUCUCCCCUACAAUGUCGUCUCCCUCCUCCACAAGCUCCACCAAGCGGAAGCGUACCACGGCAUCCGACCGACUCAAGUCCACUGCCGCCGACUUGCAGCAACCACCAUCCCGCGACGCUUCAGGCGAAGAGCUAGCUGAUAGCCCCUCACAUAAUACACGAACUCGCAAGCAUGCCUCCAGCAGCUCGAUCGACGGCAACGUGCCUCCUAGUAAGCGAGCACGCACCCGGUCGAACGCGAAAUCAGGCGAGCCGAAUGGAGCCGACCAAGAAGAUGCAGGAGAGCUCUCGAGCGCUGCUGAUGAGAGCGGACAUGAGACCGAAGAGAAGGGAAAUUCAACGCAACAAGUCCCAAGCUCGGUCACCAAGGCUUUUGUCAACGGCGAACAAGAGACGAUGGCCCAAGUCCCCAAGGCAGGUCUGAGGGAUCCCGUUGGAGGAUACAAAACGAACCCACCGCCUGUUGGCAGACCUGUGAGAGUGUAUGCUGAUGGUGUCUUUGAUUUGUUUCACCUCGGACACAUGCGGCAACUUGAACAAGCCAAGACAGCGUUCCCGAACACGUACCUCAUCGUCGGCGUGACUGGGGAUACGGAGACACAUAAACGCAAAGGCCUUACCGUUCUCACUGGUGCCGAACGAGCCGAGACCGUCCGCCACUGUCGCUGGGUCGACGAGGUCAUACCCAACUGUCCCUGGAUCGUGACGCCUGAGUUCCUGGCAAAGCAUGAGAUCGACUACGUUGCCCACGACGACGAACCAUACGGUGCAGCCGAAGGCGAUGACAUCUACGCCCCGAUCAAGGAAGAAGGGAAGUUCCUCGUUACCCAGCGGACAGAAGGUGUGUCUACGACAGGGAUCAUCACGAAAAUCGUGCGUGAUUAUGAGAAAUACAUUGCUCGCCAGCUCAAGAGGGGCACAUCUCGGCAGGAAUUGAAUAUCAGCUGGCUGAAGAAGAACGAGCUCGAGCUCAAACGGCACGUGCAGGAGCUGAGGGAAAAUAUCAAGACCAACUGGACCACAGCAGGUGGAGAGAUUGGCAGGGAUCUCAGGCAGUUGUGGCAGAAUGCGAGUUCAAGGCCCGCAAGCCCGUCGCCGUUCAACAGGCAGCUCAGCAGCGAGACGAUUAAGAGUCCUACGACGGCGAGCGCCGUGGAGCACCUCAGACAUCUGGAAGUGCCGGGCAGUGCGGAACGCCGAAGUGAUUCGCCUGGUAGAUUCAGUCGGAGCGAUGACUUUGCCGCAGGUUAUAGUCUGGGACUGAUUGGGGGCGUUAAGUCUUGGAUGAUGCGAGGUCGGCGUGCGCUCAGGGACAGUCAGCCGCCGAGCCCGGAUGGGAGUGAAGACGACGAGGCUAGAAGUCCCCUUAGUGCGAGCGUGAGUAACAAUGGCGAUGCGACAACUGGGCUGAAGACGCCGCCCUUCCUUGGAAGAGGGAGAAAAGGGAAGAAUGCGAGUGAGCUUGACCUGGAACAGGGAGAGGAUGAGGAUGAGGAAGAGCAUGAGAGGGACGCUAUGGACGUUAUGCAUUGAUCCCCGGCAAUCAUAGGUCUUGUGUUUUCUUUCUCGAGGAGGAGAAUGACGUCGCAUCGAUUCGACGAUUCGCUUCAGACUGCAUAAGGGUGUAGAGUUGUAUUAAUUCUGUUCGAGGAGAAAAGGGUUGAGGCGGGUAAGAAUACUGACGAUAGCGUCGUCGCAGUUUGGCAAUCAAAACUUACAGCUUGAUAUGUGUGCCUAGGGAGCGAGGCGAAAAGUAUGCAUCGCAUUGGCCGAUAAUAGACGUUUCUUC